GUUGCGGCGCGUGGCCGUGGCUCGUUGUGAGCGUAUUCCAUUCCCCCGCCCCUGGACACUGACGCCGCGGAGAAGGACUUGGACCGAAGUAGGUCAUGUGGAUGGGCAAGAGACGGGUCUGCGGUCGUCGAGGGCGCGCCCGCCAUAGACGGCCACCGUAUCACAGCACUGUCUCAACGCCGGCCUGGCGCGUCUGGCACAGGUUUACAGCAUAUUUUUUCGCAUUGAAGCCGCCACUGUUGGGGCCGCCCCUCUUACGAAUGACCCAGCACCACAGCACCACUGCUAUUCUUUUCUUUGCAUUGGACUUGGACUUGCGAUUAGGCACAGCUCCACAGAGCUUUAUGCACGACUCGCGUUCCUGGCACGCCCCACAACAUUUCGGUCACGUUGAAAAAUGGCUCUGAUACAGCAUCCAGCUCCGCAGUGUCGCGGGAUGGCCCUGGCAAUCAGACAAAUUGUGUAGCCGAAGCGCGCAACGCCAUGGGGACCGCCCAAAACUGUUCGAGCUGUUGCGUAUGCGGUCGCACUCGAGCGCGCCACAGUUCGGUGAUGAUGCUAAAUAGGCUGUGCGGCACGCUCGAUGCU